AUGUCUGUGGUCCAGCUGGAGUUUGUGAAAGUACUGGACGGGCUGGCUGGAGCUGAGGGUCCCGUCUUCGACAACAGGGGUAACUUCUAUCUGGUGGCUCCCGAGGUGGAGGUCGACGGGAAGGCAGCUGGUCAAAUCCUGCGAGUGGACUUGUCGAAAACUCCGGCUCAGGCUGAGCUUGUUUGUGCACCAAAUGUUGACGGGCAUGGCGGUAUUCCUGCAGGUUGCCAGGCUGACAGGGAAGGUAAUCUGUAUGUAGCUGACAUGAGACUUGGAAUUCUACAUGUGAAACCCAACGGAGAGUUCACCCAGUUAACCAAGGUAGACGAUGGAGGUAGAACCAUGCAGGGCUGCAAUGACUGCAUUAUGGACUAUGAAGGAAAUCUCUGGGUUACUGCUCCAGCUGGCAGCAUCGCCCCAAGUCCCUACCAACGAUUUUUUGAGGAACCUCUUGGUUCUGUGUACUGCCUCACAUCCAACAAGAGGGUCAUUCAUCUGGACUCUGGAUUCAGAUUCCCAAAUGGUAUCUCUGUCAUCCAUGAUGAGAACCUGCGGCCCAGCAAACUGAUUGUAGCUGAGACUCCAACCAGACUUCUGUGGUCGUAUGACAUCAAAGGGCCAGGUGUGGUCACCAACAAAUCUGUCUGGGGGAAACUGCCAGACUGUUCCUGUGAGUCUGGCCCGGAUGGAAUGGACUUUGACGAGAACGGAAACCUGCUUGUGGCUCACUGGGGCAGCAGCUACAUCGAAGUGUUCGGUCCCACAGGUGGUGACCCGGUUAAACGCAUCAAGUGUCCGUUUGACAAACCUAGCAACCUGCACUUUGAGCCGGGUACCAACACCGUAUAUGUCACUGAACAUACAAACCACGCACUGUGGAGGUUCCAGUGGGAGCAUAGGGGACAACAUCAGUACUGUGAAAAAUAG